AUGGAUUUACCCCAGUCUAUCACACUACAGAUCCUCGAGGAGUGUCUCGUGGACAUCUCUUCCGAUCAACACCAUGCAGCUGUGGUCCUACGCACCAACCAGCGCGUCCUCACAUCCCACAACUCCGGUCUGCCCUUCACAGACGCGGUCCCCAAUAUGGCUUACAAGGUCGCUGUCAAGGCCAGGACCCAGGCCAUAGUCGAUAUAUUGCAUUACUACCCUUUGGCUACAAGAAUUGAUAUGGGCGAUGUUGAUAUCCCCAUUGUGACCUCAUUCGAGUUCUUAGAAGAGGCCAUUAUGUACGAUGGUGCACUCGUGCGCGCUGAUGCUGCAGCUCAGCGCGAAGAUCAGGUGCUCGUAGUAUGGUCCAACCAGACAGACACCAUCGUUGAGGACUACCAUUUCGUGGAACAUCAGCUCCGCCAUUUCAUUGGGCUAUGCACUUGCAAACACUUGUCAGUGGCGCCACACACUGGUAUCCAGUCGCACCACGAGUGGUCGUACGGCGCCACAGGCCACGGUCAAUCCUUAAUUUCCAGGUACUUGGAGUACGAGGGACUGUUUGGUAGGGAUCUUCAGGCACGUCCAUCAGACGGAGAUCGACCAUCGCGCUCAACAACAGAGCAAGCCCUGCCAAUCACCCCCGUAAAAACGCGCAUGGACCCAUCUCUGCCAUACUGGAAUGGCUCCAGGUGGCUACCCCGUGUUCCACAGUCCAGCGCAAACCCCGCCGCCAGUAUCCCCUCGCUUAUCGCUCGCUCCACCCAAAUCCGCACCUCGCCAACAAGCAACGCCUUCGCCACAUCAUCUGGUCUGACCUCGAAGAUGUCUAGCGUGUUCUGCGCCGGAUCCCCUUCCCUGCACACACAGGGCAAGGGCGACCUUGAAGCAGGACACCAUGAUGCCUCUGCCGAGAAUGCUGAGCUAUACAGCAAUGUCAAUCGAGGUGACGAAGACUCGAUCGAUGAAUCAGUUCACCGGAGGAUCCAAUCGGCGACAGUGACUGGAGCUGCCCGUGCGAGACCGUAUACACCAAGCGACGAGUGCGAGCCGUCAACGUUGCACACCGCCAAAAUGAGCAACGUCUUGGAACGAAGCCCGCAGAGCUCAUCGCAUCGAAUUACUCAGGCCCGGCUGCCUUCCCCUCCACAAUUCACCGCAGCAGAAAAGCGCAAGGAAUGCGCUAUUGCCAGCACCAAUGUCGAUGAGCCUGGACCCUCAGUCCACAAAGAAAGCAUACGGGCGCAGCCCCGCCGUAUAGCUAUGAAGCAAAGGUUGGGCUACAGCAAGGGCGAUGACGAUGACGGAGACACCGAUCAUGAUGUCAACUCCGAUGCCGACGAAGACAGGCGCAAAAUGAAAAGGGAGCCACCCAAAAACAAGAAAGCAUAUGCGUGCCCUCUUCGGACCUGCGAAUGGUCGUUCGACACCCGGAGAGAUUUCCGCCGUCACCUGCUGCAAUGCUUCAAGGUCAGGAAGCACGUCUGCGAUUCAUGCGGAAUGCGCUUCCCUCGGACAGAUGCACUGAAACGCCAUCGCAAAGGUCAGAACGCAUGCGAGGACUACUUGAAGCGCUGCGCUAGGCAGGCUGAAGCGAGAGAGAAUCCUGGUAAUGGAAGGGUGGCGAGCGGCGGUCGGGUGGGACCUCCGGGCUUGAACGAGGAGAUCCUGGGCAUUUUGCGUCAAUUUCUAUACGAUGACGAGAUGGAUGCCCUGCUGGAGGACGUUGAUGUGUCGGAGGGGGCUGAUACGACUCACUAG